AUGACAACAUUAUUCUCCUGGCACAAGCGUUUUGGAGCUUUGAUACGUCAGUGGAUCUAGUGUUAUUGAAUGUAUGAAGGUUGUAUAUCGGUAUUUAUUGGACAAGAGGGGCACGAUGUAAAGCAUUUAUGUGGACUCAGUAAAAGAAUGGUAAAUUUGCCGCAUCAUUCUUAAAAGACAGGCAUGACAUUGACAGGUAUUUGAUGGUGUUCUGGUGUUGCCAACUGUGGACGAGAAGAAUCCUGAUGUUUAACAGAAACGUGAGAUGCCGCAUCUCUAAAAUCACCUUUACUGAUACUGAUAGCAACUGAAUUUGUGAUGGUGCGACAUAGCCCGCCACGCAGAGACACUGUGUCUAACUCACCUAUGCAUCAGGCAGCUUUUGACGGUGACUUGAAGACACUUCAAAAGCUUCUCCUCAUCGCAGACAACAAGAAGAACAUCAACCUCAAGAACCACCUGGGAUGCACCCCGCUGCGGCUGGCUGCGACGGCCGGCAGCCGGCCCCGCGUGGAACUCCUUAUCGCCCACGGUGCAGAUGUCAACUUAACAGACAUCAAAGGUCAGACACCGCUGUUUGUCGCAGUCAAGAACAACCACCCUGGGUGUGUGAGGGCGCUGGUGUCUCAUGGAGCCCAUCCUGACGGAAGCCCAAACUGCCUCAGUAGUCCGCUCUUCAUCGCGGCAAUGCAGGGCCACUUUGAGUGCUUGCAGUUGCUCAUCGAGGCAGGGGCGGACGUCAACUGCUUCUUGACCGCGGUUCCUCACAUCGUCAUGAUAUACACCCCCUUACACAUCAGCUUCACCUACAGGCACAAGGAUUGCUUUCAAGCGCUCCUCAUCGCCGGCGCCAAUCCCGAUUGCGGACUGACAAAGAAGUACUUGGAAGCCAGGCCAUCCUUACUAGACGCAGCCAUGGAAUGGGGGGAUGUUUACUUCAUCGAGUUACUGGUAGAGUUUGGUGGGUCGAUGACAAAUCACAACAAACGGUGGAAGGAGAGGGUUUCUGGUGAUCACAUGACAGAGAAGGAACAGGAGGUGCAGGCUUACUUAAGUGUGCCUCGCAGUCUUCAGUCAUUGUGCCGUCUGACAGUACGCAAGAGUCUGGGUGUGAAGAGACUUGCAUCAGUCCCUGCACUACCACUGCCAACCUAUCUCAAGAAAUACUUGCAAUACUCCGUGUGAAAAUGCACUCUGUGGACUUCAUGCAUGAACAAGAGAGGGCGCUGUGUCACCUAGCAACAAUAUCCUGUGGGAAAGCUAUUGUAUCACCUGCCACAUCCAAAACGAGUCACUGAAUUUAGUGACUUUAGUCGAGUCGAGUCAUUUUAGGGCAGUCACUCGAGUCGAGUCGAGUCAUUAGGUCAAGAAGGGCAAGUCGACUCCCAGUUUUUGAUUUGAUCUGAUUUGAUUUAUUUAUUUCGAGUCGAGUUGAGCCGGGUCACAUUUGUGCUUGAGUCAAUUCGAGUCACUCAUGUUUGAACACCAUACACAGUGAAAGAAGGAACACAAGGCACCAGCCCAUAAUGCAGAUCCAAAAGACUUAAAAUAUGUUGCAUGGUACCCAAUACACAGCUUCUGCUCGACAUUUCUACCAAAGUUCUACCUUACAGUUAUUGAGAAGCGAAAGUUCGGUUUUAUCUGUGGUUUGGCUUCAGGGCUGGAUCUAGUUUUUUACGCCGACAAUGUCAAACCCAAAUUGCAACAUACGAUAUUGUUUCUAAUUAUAUAAAAAAAUAUCUCAAUUUUUGUUAAAGCUUUUUAAAGUUUUUUUUUAGCCGGAGUUCCAUCAAGGGCUUAAGAAAUCUUCCCAUAAAGCUGAUGUUGAAACAACUGGGAAAUGUGUUUAAAGUCUGGUACUGCAGGAAAGUAGUUUUUGCACAACAUUAUAAUACCACGUUGUGGGAGUCCGUGAUCAGGUGUAAAUUUGUUCGUGAUAAGCAGCAACAAGUUGGCGGCAAAUAUAUUUUGGCACAGUUUUGGGACUCGAGUGCUAUUAGCCUUCGACUUGAGUCAAGUCUUCGGAUGAGUGACUCGAGUCGAGUCAAGUCAUUUGCUCGCAGUGACUCGAGUUGAGUCACUUACCCAUUUUAACUCAAAUCGAGUCACCGAAAAUUGUGACUCGAGUCCAGUACUCUGCAUCCAAGGGCGUUCUAGACUGCUAAUUCUUCCCACAAACUUUUGUAAAGAAAACACAGAAUUUGCAGAGCCUUCUGGGUCGUGUACCCCAUUAUGAUCAAUUCACACAAAACAUUGUGUUGUGCAUAAAACUGCACAUGAGGAAGUAAAAGAAUUAAUCUCAAAGUCAAAGAUAGAAGACAGUGCCCAUGCAUAUAGGGCUGCAGUGUGAACAAGAUAAGUGCGAGGCAGACAAAAUGCUUCCUGUUAUCAAUAAGACUUUGAGCAAUUUUGGGCCAGGAACAAGUCUAGAGAGUUGGGUUUUAUGCUGUAGAUUACGGUACUUUGUUGCAUACCUUUGGAUUGUCGACACCUGGCCCAUCCACUUGCACAUGGCAGGCAAUUGGCACCAACAUGAUCCUUCACGCCUCUUUUUUUUUUUUCACGAUGAGGCCCAGAGUCCAUCGACAAGUAUCAAUCUUUGUCAACUUUUCACACUUUGUUAAAAAGUUGUUUACCACAAGCGAGGGCGCUCCUGAUCAGAACAGGUUUUUUGGAAUAUAAAAUUUAAAGUGGUUCUCAGUCCCUCCAUCAUCGAUUUCGACUUCAAAAGUAGGGACCGGUGUCAUAUGAAAAUGGACUCGUAUGAAAAUCAGACUCUUUUCCCCUUUUAUUGGUUAAACCCUCUCACGUGACCGGUCCCUCUCCUAAUUAUCUAUGCAUGCGCAUGUGCAGUACCAUCAAUGAGUCCAUAUUUCAUAAAACCUAAAUUUGUGCUACACCGGUACUGCCCUGUGGAAUUAAUGCUAAUUAGUAAUUAGCAUAUCUGUAUUCCCACAAUGCAAUGAGGCAUGCAUACUCUCUCGGUCUGUUAUGUAAUAUGGAAAGGGGUAGGGACCGUUGAAUCAUUCUGACCUCCUAGUUUCAAGUAUUUUUUCCAGAGAUUUUAAUGCCGGGUGUUGGCAGAGGCGAUCAUGCACAUUGUUUACAUUUUUAGCAGGCACACAUGGCCUGAAAUUUGGACGUCUUCAUUUUUACUGCAACUAGCAUAUGGCAUGCAAAGGGUGCAGUAAUUCGAACUGCUCCAGUCAUACAAUAGUCUGGUACCAUCCCAUUCAACAGUUUACAAUUUAUAAAAUAGAUUCAGGGAACAUGAUUGAAAAUGGCACCUUGUGAAUGUGGUCGGUUUACUAUACUGUAGCAGAAUACCCAAUAAUUUGUAUAUAAUUCACACGUUGAGACAUUACAAACUUUGUUUUCAAAUUGUCAUUUCUACAAAUUUAUGCACUUGUUAAAAACAGAUUUAAACUUUAUUUAUUCAUUCAACUUUAAGGAGUUAAAUAGUAUGCAAUAUUUUAUGCUCAUAACCUGAACUGUCCUUUGGAGUGAAAGUAAUUAAAAUCUGUGAAAAAAAAUCCUGAUUGGUUGUAUUAUUUACUUGGUAAAAUCAAUCGAAUCCCUUUGCAGAAAAAAAUCUGAUUAAUUUAAAUCCAUUCAUUUCGGUGAAAACAAUCUAUUCAAAGUUAACUGUGGUUGGGCUUGUGACCCGGCUCAUGACCUGAUUUCCAAAAGAAAUGAAAGGAGAACUCAUCUUUUUCAAUUUCAGAAUUUCUAUA